AUACAAACCUCGCAUUUCCUCGCGUGAUUUCAAGAUGGCGGAGCAAGAGAAGGGGAUGUCAAUUUUCCUCGAUGUGUUUAGAAGAGCUGAUAAAAACGAUGAUGGAGCACUUUCACUGGAGGAAUUCGGGGCUUUUUUUGCUGACGGAGUGAUAACGGAUGAAGAGUUGGGAAACUUGUUCAGAGACAUUGACACACAUAAAACAAAUAACCUGGACACAGGGGAGCUGUGUACUUAUUUCUCCCAUCACCUCGGACCCUUCAAGGAGAUGUUUGGGGCUCUGGAGGACCUCAACCACUCCAUGACCAAGGCUCUGAAUCAGUCUGCUCAGCAAUAUCCCACAGCAAGCUUUAUAGAGCAGUUUGUCAGUCGUUUCCUGAUGAGAGAAAUGCUGAACCAGUUGGUGGCUGUCCAGAAACCAGUGGAGACUGCCAGCGAUUUCAUUGAUGAGAAAGCAAUCAAAGAGAGGAGUGGCAUCAGCCAAGCGUCUGUCUCUGUUGAUGUCCAAGGAGAAACUCCUGGCGCUGUACCUGGCUGGUUAGGCAGGAGAGCUAGAAGACAGUACAGUUCUCAGUACAGUACAGGGUCAGAGGGAGUGCCAGCUGUGGAUCUGUGGUGA